AUGAAAGGCACAAACUACCAAAUGUUUUAUAACAAGAAAAACGACUUGCUGAGUGCCAAGUUUAUAACGUUGGUCCUUAUAAUAUCACUAUGCGCUUUAUUUUUAUUUACUUUAUCAAGAGAUAUUUUCUCAGCCAAUAAAAUCGUUUUGGAACCUCCAAGUGCUAAUUAUAGUUUACUUAUUAAACUUGAAGAUUCUCUUUCUCAAAAGAAUAUCAUUUUCAUUGGUGAUGUUCAUGGAGUGUUCGAUGAACUUUCGGAGUUAAUAAAGAUAAUAGAUUAUGAUCCUUUAAAAGAUCAUCUGAUUUUUGUAGGUGAUUUGGUAGCAAAAGGACCAGAAUCUAUAAAAGUUAUUAAGUUGAUUCGUUCUUUGGGGGCUAGUUGCGUACGUGGAAAUCAUGAUGAUAAAGUUUUGAGAUGGAAGAGUUUAUUAGAUUCUUUAGAUUCACAAGGAAUCGGAUUAGAUGCAUAUAUAUUGCGGAACAAUCUACCUAAAGACAUGCCUGUAAAAUCCGAGCACAAAUUAAUAGCAGAGCAACUCGACUCUGAACUUUAUGAAUACCUUCUUUCUUGUCCUAUUAUUCUGAAUAUUCCAGAACAUGAUUUAUAUGUAGUUCACGCUGGUUUAUUACCAGAUACUCCAUUAUUAGGACAAGAUCCUUUCGAUUUAAUGAAUAUGCGUAAUAUCAAGGAUAAUGGUAAAUCUACAAAGAACAAAAAGGAAGGUCAUGCUUGGACUAAAUAUUGGAAUGAAGCGCAAGAGAGAUCAUCAUCUCCUAAAAUGGUCAUUUAUGGUCAUGACGCUUCGCGAGGAUUGAAAAUAAAACCUUACAGUUUUGGACUUGAUUCUAGAUGCGUUUAUGGUGGAGAAUUAAGUGCAUUGAGAUGGAAUAAAAAAGAGAUCAUUAGCGUUAAAUGUAAACAAUAUGCUGAUUAA